GGUGCCGUGAGUGACGUGGCUCCGGGAGGCCGAGGCCGAGGUGGACUCGGGCGGGGAAAGCUGUGGCAGCAGCGAGCGCGUCCGGAAAGGGCGGGCCGGGCACGGAGAAGCGGCUUGGCUUAGAAUUAUCCCGGGUCCCGCGGUCGAGCUCAGCCUUCUCAGUUCUCCGCUCUCCCAGACAACAGCAUGAAGAAGGAAGGAAUGUCUACUGCUUCCCUGGAAGUCUGAUUCCAGAUUUCUUCCUUCUGGAAAUCUGAUUUUUGACCAGAUGGCUAUAUCAUUUGAAGAUGUAACUAUUAUUUUUACUUGGGAGGAGUGGAAAUCCUUGAAUCUUUCUCAAAAAAAUCUCUACAGAGGGGUCAUGUGGGAGAACUACACAAAUGUCAUGUCAGUAGGAAAGUGGAAUGAGAGCCACAAACCCCAAGAAGAAAGAUUUAGAUAUUUAGGAUAUGACAGUGUUUCCUGUUGGCAAGGAUGGAAGAACGUAAGCACUCAGUUAUGUGAAAAUCAGAACAAUGUGGAAACUGUUCAGGAGGUACAUGCCAAGGACUUAAUGCUGAAAGACCUUUCCUAUUGUCAAGAAUGGUUAAUACUCUCUACACAAGUACCAAGAUACGGGAACUAUGAAAUGAAGUUUGAAGGUAAAAGUCUCAGGAACUUUAAAUGCAAAAAGUUUAUACCUUGGCAGUCCGUAGAAACAAAAAAUGCUCAAGAUUAUGGGAGAGAAAUAUACGUGAGUGGUUUUUCACAUAAUUGUCAAGGAAACAGAUACUGUCUUGCCAUAUCCAGGAAAAGUCACGCUGUGGAAAAAGAACCGAAGCUCCUAGUUCAUUCAUACAUCCCACUAGAAGGACCCCUUCCAGAGUUCAUUGAAGAGACCUGUCAAAAUGAUCUACUGAAAAACUCCACAGCAGAGAAAUACUGUGGGUGUAGUAAAUGUAAAGACAUGUAUUACUGGAACUCAGAGUAUGUUCUCUGCAAGAGAAAACCAUUUGAAGAAAAGCUCUAUCAAUGUUCUAUCAGGACAGCACGCUUCCCCCAGAGAUCCGAUCUGUAUAGACAGCCAAGAAUCCACAUAGGCAAACAUCUGUGUGGAUGUGAUGAAGUUAAUAGUCACUUUAGGCAGAACUCAGGUGUUCACUUUAAUCACACAGCCCCCACAAUACCUUAUAUAUGUAAUGCAUGUGGUCAGAGCUUCCAUCAGAUCGCUAGUUUUCAUAGUCAUCAAAGAGUCCACACAGCAGAGACACUCCAUAAAUCUGAAUGGGAUAAGGACUUCAGUAGAAACUCGUUACUUCACAUUCACCAAAGACUUCACAUAGCGGACAAACCUUUUAAGUGCAAUCAGUGUGGUAAGAGUUUUAGUCAGAGUUCAGUACUUCAUGUUCAUCAGAGAGUCCACACAGGAGAGAAACCAUAUAAGUGUGAUGAGUGCGGUAAGGGCUUCAGUCAGAGCUCAAAUCUUCGAAUACACCAGUUGGUUCACACAGGAGAGAGGUCUUACAAAUGUGAUGACUGUGGUAAGGGUUUUACCCAGCGUUCAAAUCUUCAGAUUCAUCAGAGAGUGCAUACUGGCGAGAAACCAUAUAAAUGUAAUGACUGUGGAAAGGACUUCAGUCACAGCUCCGAUCUCCGCAUUCAUCAGAGGGUUCACACAGGGGAAAAACCUUAUAUCUGUCAUGAAUGUGGGAAGGGCUUCAGUAAGAGUUCAAAGCUUCACACGCAUCAAAGAGUACACACGGGAGAGAAACCCUAUAAAUGUGCAGAGUGCGGCAGGGGAUUCAGUCAGCGUUCACAUCUUCUCAUUCAUCAGAGAGUCCACACGGGAGAAAGGCCCUAUACAUGUGAGGAGUGUGGGAAAGGCUUUAGUCACAGUUCCAAUCUUCUCAUUCAUCAGAGAGUCCACACAGGAGAAAAGCCUUACCAGUGUGUGGAAUGUGGGAAGGGUUUCAGUCAUAGCUCAGCUCUACGAAUACAUCAAAGAGUCCACACAGGAGAGAAACCUCCUAAAUACCAUGAAUAUUAUAAGAAAUUAAAGAGAAAUCCAUCUCUUGAUAAUAAUCGCAGUAGAGAAAACUUAGUUUUAUUGAGUUCGUUUAGUCAAGACUCAAUCUUUAUGCCAGAUAAAUGCUGCUGGGAAAGAAGUCCUGCAGCAUUAACCUAAGUAAAUCCAAUAAAUCUUUAGCUUUAAGAAGUGAUCCUUAGGAUUCCUCUAUAUUUAAAGUAUACUUGUUUUUACAAUCAAUAUAAUGUAUAAUCAAAAUUUAUAAAAGAUUAAAGGAGAAAAUGUUAUUCUAGGGUUUUUUUCUUUCCUCUGCAUUUGAAUGUGCAGGAACUCAUGUUCAACUCUGCAUUAAAACAUUUUCUUAAAAUUUGGUGUGAAUUGAAAUUGGCUAGCCAUCUCUGAGACAGCAUCUCUUGACUCCCUCAAAGUAUAGGAUGCACAGAAAAAGUGGAAAACACAAAGAAUUUGAAACCCAAGCUGAUAGACAACUUUAUUGUUUCAAGUGGGAUAAUUAACUGGAUUGCCUGUAGAAUUCAAUUGCUCAUUUUUAAAAAGUCCACCUGAUAGUUAAUAUCUUAAAAUACUUUAGAUAUUUGAUGUCAGCCAGAAAAUGCUGAAACCAACUUGUUUUAAGGUUGUUGCACUUUGAAACAACUGCAUUUCACCCCCUGAACCCAGGUUUUAUGUCCUCCUAGGUUCACACAAAAUAACUGGAGGCAGAAUAUUACUUCCUGAAGCUAUGGAAAAUGGGGAAAGGUUGGAAGAACAUUGACAGGAGUAAAUACUAGGAAAUUGCUGGUACACGAUGAGAUCCAAGCAAUAGAAUUUGAUUAAUGUCAGAACAAAGUUGUAUUGAAUUCAGCUACAUGAAACAAUAAACCAUCAAUCAAAUAAUGUAAGGAGACAAUUUGGCCAAUAUGAAAAAUGGGGUAGAGCCAAUAGGAAUACAAAGCCUGACUACUGACACACAGUAUUUGGAUAUCACUGCCCAAGAGAAGGGGAAAAAUUGACUCAUUUGAGAAAUAAUAUCAAUGAAAGGUAUUUUCCUGAAGAUUUAGAGACCUGU